AUGACUCGACAAGAACUGGUGAACGAAAAGUUCAACGACCUGAUGAAGGACGACAUCGUGCACUCCAAGCGCAAGGUCCUGGCAGGCAUCGUGCUCACUUACAACAACCGACCGGAGGGGGCUAAGGUGAGGGUGAUAGCCGUCACAACCGGGACAAAAUGCGUGAGCGGCGAACACAUGUCGGAGCGCGGCCGCGCCGUCAACGAUUGCCAUGCGGAGGUGUGCGCGCGGCGCGCCCUGCAACGCCAUCUUUACCGACAGCUGUACCAGUACGCGCGCAGUGCAGACCCGACGAAGCUGAUUCCCACGUCGGACAUCGAACCGCUGCCCGGCGGCGGCUACGCGCUACGUAAGCACGUACAGGUGCACCUAUACGUGAGUACGGCGCCGUGCGGCGACGGGCGCAUCUUCAGCCCGCACGAGACCAGCGAGCCCGCGCUCGACCGACACCCCAACCGGCUGGCUCGCGGUCAGCUUCGUACAAAGAUCGAGUCCGGGGAGGGCACCAUUCCCGUGAAGAACUCGAGCAACACCGUGCAGACUUGGGACGGAGUUAUGCAGGGCGAGCGGCUGCUGACCAUGUCGUGCUCGGACAAGGCGGCGCGCUGGUGCUGCGUGGGGCUGCAGGGCGCGCUGCUGGCGCUGCUGCUGCGGCCCGUGUACCCGCGCGCGCUGGUGCUGGGCUCGCUGCUGCACCCCGCCCACACGUCCCGAGCUCUCUACGGGCGCAUCGAGGGCUCGCUGACAGCUCUGCCGCCGCCGUACGCCCUCCACCGAGUCAUGCUGGCCCGCGCCGCCAGCGCCGAGGUGCGCAGCCCCGCGCGCGCGCCCUCCUUCUCCGUGGCCUGGUGUGAGAACGACACGGUGCCAGAGAUAAUAAACGCGACGACAGGCAAGCUGGAGAGCGGGCAGCCAUCUUUACUCUGCAAGCAGAGCAUGUUCGCGAGGUGGCAGUACUUGGUCAAACGACUGCCGCUGUUGCCUCAGAGCACGGAGUGCACGACGGUGACGCCGACGCUGCCGCAGCUCGACGGAUUGCUAUACCAAGAGGCCAAGCAGCUGUCUCCGGGGUACCAGCUGGCGAAGCAGCGUCUGAUCGAGGCGUUCGACAAGGCGAAGCUCGGCAAGUGGGUCAAAAAGCCGCUGGAACAGGACCAGUUCAUUUGUGAACUGACUGAUGCCGACCCAGAACUGCUGUUUGCCUAGGCCGAUAGUGGAUCCGGCGACUAUAGCUCAGUGCAGGCCAAUAGUCCAAUGGCUACACAGCUGAUGCACAUGGAAUGUCUUGGCGAUGAUGUUGAUAGUGUAGAUGUUGAUGAUUUUGAAAGAAGAAGUGGUAGAAAUGAUGGGAAUGUUACAAAAAAAAUGGAAAGUAGAGUUGUGGGUGAUUUAGAUGGUGUCAGGGAAGUAGUAAGUGUAACAGUAGCAGAGUCUAGUGAUACGAAUUAUUAUGAGAAAGUAAAAACUGCGGUUUUGAAUCCAGUAACGCGAUUGCGAAUGCCUAAAUGUGUUAGUGAUGUCAUUGAAGAUAUGGCAAAUGAUUUCGAUAGAGUCACGAGCAUUACUGAACGUAGGCUAACUAAAACAGUACUAAGUGAUACUCUCCUCAGAUUUGACGAAAAGGAAACAACAAAUAAUAACGUAUUUAAUAAAACAGUUGAUUUUUAUUCUAAACCAAUGGUACUGCUUCGACGGCCAAACAAUGAAACGGACACAGCUCCACGACUGGCAUCAAAAUCCAAUAAAUUCGCUACAAAUCAAAAUGAAUGGCAUGAAAAUGAGGAAAAUUUAAAUAUAGUUAGCGUCAGAGCAACAGAAAAGGAAUACAGCCAUUUAGAUUUGAAACCUUUGCGACAGCCAAUGCAUGAAAAUAAUAUUAUGAACCAUGAAUCGGUCCUACUAAUCGGUAAAUGUGAUGUUGGUAAACUACCUGCGAAAAGUAUUGAAACUAACAAGAUUAAUGACAUUACUAACGAUAUACGGCGAUUACCCAAAACAUCUGUAGAAACCAACAAAUUCUUCUCCAAUAACAUCCUUAGCGUACGGAAAUGUCAAAUAACAAAAGAAAAUUUAACAAAAGAAAUAGUGAACGAAGAAACAGGAAUAAAAUCGGAAAACGUUAAUAGUGCGAAAUCGGUUCGCAUUUCUGAACUUCUAGCAAAUCGCCAAGUUACAAAUAGUAAUGGGAAUUAUAAAGCGGAAGUAUCACCAACAAGUAGAAUGCUAUUGAGAAGGUUAGAACUUCAUAAAUUGGCUGGCAGAAGCAGUUAGGUGAAGUUAUCUGUGGGCGAAGUUGAUAGCUUCGUUAUUGGGAACUCCUGAAAACAAAGAAAGCCGUGAGGGCGUAAAGUCAU